GCCAGAGUUUACAAGCAAAAAUUAAAAUCUUUAAUGAAUUUCAUUACAAAGCAUCGUGUGUAUGGCCAAGUACGUUGUUGGAUGUACUCUGUUGAGUGGCAAAAGCGUGGUUUGCCACAUGCUCAUAUAUUAGUCUGGUUGGUUGACAAAAUAAGGCCAGAAGAAAUUGAUUCCAUUAUUUCAGAAGAAAUUCCUGAUGAAACGGUUGACCCAAAAUUACAUACGAUAGUAACUAAACACAUGAUACAUGGACCUUGCGGAGUUUUCAACAACAGCUCACCCUGUAUGAUCGACGGCAAGUGCUCCAAACGGUACCCGAGAAACUUGCUUGCUGAAACCAUCUCGGGAAUCGAUGGUUACCCAUUGUAUCGUCGGCGAUCAAUUUACAAUGACACAUUGAUCAUAAUAGAAGAUAUGUGUUUGUUGAUGGCAAAUAAAGUAUUGUCGUGUUUGGGCCUGACAGCACCCAAUCGUGCUAUGCAAGAUGCAUUAAACCAUGAGUUGCAAAGAGAACUCCAGUACGAUACUCAAGCUAUGACCGAAGCAGUUCGCACAACUGUUCCGCAAUUGAACGAAGAACAAAGGAUUGCGUACGAUCGUUUAACACAAGCUGUAAACAGUGGGUCUGGGGGGAUUUACUUUCUUGAUUCUCCUGGGGUACUGGGAAAACGUUCCUAAUUUCAUUGCUAUUAGCAAAGAUCCGAUCGCAAAAUGAGGUAGCCCUAGCGUUGGCUUCAUCUGGAAUAGCAGCAACUUUAUUAGAAGGCGGACGAACUGCACAUUCAGCCUUAAAAUUACCAUUAAACAUGCAUAUCAACGAAACGUCAGUUUGCAACAUUGCCAAAAAUAGCGCUAUGGCGAAGACUCUCCAAGUAUGCAAAUUGAUAAUUUGGGACGAAUGCACAAUGGCCCACAAGAGGUCGCUGGAGGCACUAGAUAGGACGUUAAAAGAUUUACGUGAUAACCAAAACAUUUUUGGUGGAGCUAUGAUACUGUUGUCAGGUGAUUUUCGUCAGACUCUUCCAGUAAUUCCUCGAUCGACUGUUGCUGACGAAAUAAACGCAUGUCUAAAAUCAUCAAAUUUGUGGCGGCACGUAAAGACACUACAAUUAACUACUAACAUGCGAGUGUUUUUGCAACAAGAACAAACUGCGACUGUGUUUUCGAAGCAGUUGCUGGAUAUUGGCAAUGGUAAGGUCGCAGUUGACUGCUCGACCGGAUUAAUGACUUUUCCCACAGAUUUCUGUCACUUCACAGAAUCGAAAAAGGAGCUUAUUCAGCGUGUUUUUCCGGACAUUAAACAACAAUAUAAUAACCACGAUUGGCUAAGUGAACGAGCAAUAUUGGCAGCAAAAAACAAAGAUGUCGAUGAUCUCAAUGCUACCAUUCAGAAUUUCCUUCCAGGAGAGUUGUUUACGUACAAAUCAGUUGACACGGCCACAAACCAGGAUGACGUAGUCAACUAUCCUACAGAAUUUUUAAAUUCAUUGGACUUGCCUGGACUACCACCAUAUAAUUUGAAAUUAAAAGUAGGGUCAGUUGUCAUCAUGCUGCGUAAUAUUAAUCAACCUCGACUUUGCAAUGGAACGAGAUUGGUUGUGAAGAAACUCAUGAAUAACAUCAUCGAAGCUAAAAUAAUCAAAGGAAAAUACAAAGGAGAGGAUGUCUUAAUCCCACGAAUACCUAUGAUUCCAACGGAUUUGCCAUUUGAUUUUAAGAGGUUGCAAUUUCCCGUGCGUCUGGCGUUUGCGAUGACCAUAAAUAAAUCGCAAGGCCAAUCGUUGCAAGUUUGCGGAAUAAACUUAGAGUUUCCCUGUUUCGCACAUGGACAAUUAUACGUUGCGUGUUCGCGUGUCGGAAAACCAACAUCCUUAUUUAUUUACGCACCGCAAAAAAAAACUAAAAAUAUUGUCUACCAGAAAGCACUAUAUUAAUUAACUGUAUAUGAUCAUAACUGUGUUGUAUUUAAUUUAAGCAAAGAUUUGUUUAUCAUGUUCAAAGUCCAGA